CAGGCGGAUUUCUGAGUUCGAGGCCAGCCUGGUCUACAGAGUGAGUUCCAGGACAGCUAGGGCUACACAGAGAAACCCUGUCUCGAAAAACAAACAAACAAACAAACAAACAAACAAACAAAUCUGGGGAAAUGGCACCGUGAGAGAAGCGUAAAGAAGAUCAGGAAGCCACGGGCUUUAGUUUCAAAUACAGGAAAGGCUACUAUUCGGAUCAAAUCUUCUAUGCAGGACUGCUAUGUGGCAGCUACCGAAUUUGGUGUUGGGGAUUCCGUUAAAGAAAAGCAAGUCAUGCUGAGACGUCAGCUGUAAGGCAGGGCUGCGGAGGUAACAGUACAUUUUUCUCAGUCUGAGCUGCUCUGGAAUUGUCGUGCUGCUCAGAAGGUAGCGAGCUCAGCGGGACUGCAAUGCUCACUCGGGGCAUAGGCCGCCCACCUGUCAGAGGCUGUGCCAGGAGGACGCGGGGGAGCAGCGGGGGGAGCGCCACCUUGGCUGAGGUCACUUCCCACCCCCAGAUUCUCUGCCUACAAAACCCUGCAAUUCCCUGACGCUGGAGACUCGGGUCUUAUUAUUUCCUGAUUUCCAAGGUCUCAUGAUACUGACAGCCCCAAAUGCAAGUCUUCACUUUGCCCACGCCCGAGGACCCAAAAUUAAAACAACAAAAAAGUGAAUUCUACAGAGCAUCCUUAGUAGGUGGCUGAGAGUAGGCAGUGUACCCUUCCCCACCUCGAAGAAGCUGUUGGGGCACAGCUCAGACGCUGGGGUGUCGGGGACGUCGCGAGACUGAAGCCCGAGACGUCGCUGACAGGCCGGAACACAUGACUGGCGGUCGGGCGUGCAGCCCGCGGAGCUGGGCCCGGCCUGUCACGUGAUGAGGGGGCGCCAUGGGGUGAUGUGAGAUACGAGGCUCUCAGACUGCGUGCAAAUGACGCAUUCCCAACCCUUUGGGCAACUAGAUCUCGGCUCCAAUAUGAGAUGUUCCGGUAGUGGGGGGGGGGGGAGCAGCGGGGCGGGCUCUGGACUCAGGCAGCCUCGCUUCCGUUCGGCUGCCACUGCUUCCGACCUCCGCCUUUCCCUCUAGCGAGGACGAGCCGAGCCCUCGCGCGCAUGCUCGGAGUCAUCCCCCGAGGGGCGGGGCGGCAGCUGCGGGAGCAGGAUGGGGGGAAGAGAAGGGAAUUCCAACCUGUAGAACUUUGGGGGUCCUAUGAUCGGGUUCUUCCCCACGACUGUGGAUGGUGAAAGGGGUGGGGCCUUUGGCGGCUCCGGGGUGUACUGGAGUUCGCUGGGUGAGGGAGGGGGUGUCAAGUGUGAGAGAGGUGCAGGACUUCCAAAUUUAGAACCUUGAGGCCCUUUGGGCUCGGGUCCAGGGCACUCCGACCACCAUGCGCGACAGGACCCACGAGUUGAGGCAGGGGGAUAACAUCUCAGACGAUGAAGAUGAGGUUCGAGUCGCGCUGGUGGUGCACUCAGGUGCUGCCCGGUUGGGCAGCCCGGACGACGAGUUCUUCCAGAAGGUGCAGACAAUUCGGCAGACUAUGGCCAAACUGGAGAGUAAAGUCCGGGAGUUGGAGAAACAGCAGGUCACCAUCCUGGCCACGCCUCUUCCCGAGGAGAGCAUGAAGCAGGGCCUGCAGAACCUGCGAGAGGAGAUCAAACAGCUGGGGAGAGAGGUCCGGGCGCAGCUAAAAGCCAUAGAGCCCCAGAAGGAGGAAGCUGAUGAGAAUUACAACUCAGUCAACACAAGGAUGAAGAAAACCCAGCAUGGAGUCCUGUCCCAGCAAUUUGUCGAGCUCAUCAACAAGUGCAACUCAAUGCAGUCCGAAUACCGAGAGAAGAAUGUGGAGCGGAUCCGGAGGCAGCUGAAGAUCACCAAUGCUGGAAUGGUGUCUGACGAGGAGCUGGAACAGAUGCUGGACAGUGGGCAGAGUGAGGUGUUUGUGUCUAAUAUCCUGAAGGACACGCAGGUGACUCGGCAGGCCCUGAAUGAGAUCUCUGCGCGGCACAGUGAGAUCCAGCAGUUGGAGCGCAGUAUCCGAGAGCUCCAUGAGAUCUUUACGUUUCUAGCUACGGAGGUGGAGAUGCAGGGGGAGAUGAUCAACCGCAUCGAGAAGAACAUCCUGAGCUCGGCCGACUACGUGGAACGUGGGCAAGAGCACGUCAAGAUAGCCCUAGAGAAUCAGAAGAAGGCGAGGAAGGUAAGCCUGGCCCCCAGCCCCGGCCUUGGGCACUCCAGAGUGACUGUCCGUGACCCUUCCUCUCCCACAGAAAAAAGUCAUGAUUGCCAUCUGUGUCUCUGUCACUGUUCUCAUCUUGGCUGUCAUCAUUGGCAUCACCAUAACCGUUGGAUAAUGUCACAUGUUCUUGGUGAGAAAUGGCGGGCCUGCCCCAUCCCUGGCAGCAGCCUCCCCGCCUCCUGUCAGACCCAUUUCUUUCUCCUUCCCUUGCAGGCAUUGGGAGAGACAGAGACCCAGCUUUUGUGGAGGUGGGGCAGGCCUCCAACUGAACCCGUCCGCACACUGGACCUUGUGCAGAGGGCCUGCGGCUCGUCCUGGGUUGGCAGCUGCUCAUUCAUGGAGUCCUCCCCUGGAGUCCUCCACAAUGCCUGCGAGACAGUUUUCAAUGUCCUGUUUGUCUGGGAUACAUGGUUUUGUAAAAAAUUUAAAAAAAAAAAAAAAAAAAAAAAAGAAAGAAAGAAAAGAAUAAGAAGAAGCUUGGAGCCAGCUGUGCAGUGUGUUCUGGAAAGGUUGGCCCAGGCCUCAAGUAUCCAUUCUCCUUCCGCCUGGCCAUGGCUGACGCCAGCUCUGGUCUAGACAGGCUCAGGUCAGACUUCUCUAGAAGAGCAUCUAAGGGUGGGCAAGGUGGGCCAGGGAGAGGCAGCACUCACAGCUGGGACAUGGGUAAGGUGUGUAUGUGAGAGAUACAGGGGCAUUCCUGACACCAAGAGGAAGAGACAUCUUGAGAAACACUUCAGCAGACAGGAAGAACAAUUCUCAGUACGGACAGUGUUUAGGUGGAAUGUUAAGAUGUAAUGGAGACAGGCAGGCAGCAUAAGAAGUUCCCUAGCAGAGGAACCAGCUGGCCAGGUCCCAUGACCCGAGAUGAGCACUGCCUUUUGUUAAGAGGAGUUUUUAGAGACCCAUCACCCUGCAGUGGCUGCUUGGUUUAUAGGAAUUAUCCAGUGGAGGCAGACAGAGGAGCCUGGAACCUGGUUUUUCACAAGGCACAUGAGCUACAAGCUCUGAUUCUGUUUCAAGACCCAGCCUAGUCUACAUAGUAUAUUCCAGGCCAUUCAAGGCCAUUGAGGGUGGAUGGAGGGAGAAAUGAUUGAGUAGCCUGGCAUGGUAGUACACCUUUAAUCCUAACACUCUGGAGGCAGUGGGUGAAUCUUUGUGAGUUCAAGACCAGCCUGGUAUAUAUAGUAAGCUCCAGGACAGCAGGACUACGUGUGUGUGUGUGUGUGUGUGUGUGUGUGUGUGUGUGUACAGAUACACAUGCAUGCAGAGGUCAACUUUGGGGCAUAGGUUAUCUUCUAUUGUGGCUACCAGAGUCAAGCUUGGGCUGGGAGGUUGGUGUGGCAAGUGAUUGGCCCUGAUUAUGAAUUUUGAAUGGCUUCUAGUGCAGAUGCCUAGUUUCCAGAGAAGGAUAUAGCUUUUUACUGUGGCCACAUGGCUCAGAAGCUGCCCCUGGCCCAGGCUUGGUUAGUCAGUGGUCUUUGGCGUCAGACUCCAAGGCUCUCCAUCCUACUUUCAACCCCAUGAUACUCCACAGUCUUGAAAGGGCUAGAUGUGUCAGGCUACUGCACUCCCAAGCUAUUUCAGGAGGGACUCCUUCCUGCCUGCUUCAUCUGGCCAGGGGAGAUUACAUGCCUCUUGCUGUCUAUAUAUAGGAUGUAUAUAUAGACAUUAACUGGGAAACAACUGGUCAGAGAGCCUAGGUUUUUUCCUCCCUCAGCAUAAAGUGGCUCAUUUUAGGAAGUGGAUAUGUGCUGGGCGUCACAUGGAGUCUCCAGACACACCCAAAAAAAGUAGUAGAAUCACUACUGCUAAGGCAAAGCAACGACGGGUGUGGUGCACUCUGGAGGCAGAGCAGGAGGAUCUCUGUGAGUUCAGGGCAGCCUGGUCUACAGAGUUAAUUCUAGGGCGACACAGAGAAACCCUGGAGACAGACAGACAGGCAGACAGAUGGACAGGCAAGGGGAAUCUUCAGAUGGACAGACAAAAGUGAAAGACUUUGGGUUUGUGGGGAACGGUACUGGGAGUGAGUCAGGGAAGAGGCUUUAUCCCCUGGGAUGGGCAGAUGCUAACUAGCUGACCAAGCUGGGUGGGGCAGCUGGGAACCAGGGGCAUCUUGGCUGAACACUGCAUGUAUUUGGCUCUGGGGACUCUGGGCUUCCCUGUUUUCCAUCUCUUUUCUCUCCAAGGCCUCCAUUUCCAGCAGACUCUUGGCCUGUCAGCCACCUUUGUCCACUUUCUUACACUGCCUUCAAAGUAAAACACAGGACACCAACUGACCUGAUACAGAUGUUGGGCAUCAACAUCUGUGCAGCAAUGUCUGUCUCUAAAGUGUAUUGUUUUAUUUGCUUGUGUACACAUGUGUGGAGAUCAGAGAAUGACUCAAACGACUCUAGUUCUCUCCUUCCACGGGGUGGGACCCCAUUGAGCUCAAGUUGCCAAGCCUGGAGGCAA